AUGCGGCAAGUCGAGCCCACGAGAUCCCCAUCAGAGUGUCAACGGGCCAAAGAACGCGGAAGGAACAUUCAGAUGCAGUUCUCUAGGGGACAUUUAGCGGAAAUUCCAUUCGGCUGGGAUAGGCGUAAGGCUGCCUAUGCGGCUCCAUCGCAAGCAGGGAAGGUAAUCUCGCCGAUGGCGAAUCGGCAGCGACGAUGA